CUCAGCUCAUCGGGACGGGCUAGUUGCGGUGAUGUAGCUGGAUUGUGGUUUUUUUUUUUUUUUUCCCCCCCUCUCCUCCCCCCCCUUUCCUGUGGAGCCUCCGCUGGCUCUCCGUCCGUGUUCCGGAAAGGGCGCUUGAGCCUGGAGAAACGCUGGAAAUUGGCUUUCUUUUCAGGCUGUGAGGACGAGCGCGGAAUUACAGCUUCCUCAACAAGAAUGGGGUCUCGGUCCGCGCGGCGGAGGGAAAGUGACCUUUGAGUGGCGCGCGCGCGCGCGCGCGCUCAUGGACGGCUGGGGGAGUUACCAGCAGGAAAGCGGCGGCGCGGUGCUCAUGCUGGAGCGGCAGCAGCGCGCGCUCGGCGCCAAAACGGCGGCGGUGACGACGACGACGACGACGGCGGCGGCGGGAGACGUCGCGUCCACCGGGGAGCCCCCCGCGUCUCGCCUUCACCAGCACCCGCCGCCCUCGUACCACCACCACCUCCAGCUUCACCACUUCCACCACCAUCACCACCUCCUCCUCCACCAUCACCACCACCACCACCACGGCCUCCAGCCGCAGGAGCCCUGUCCCGGGGACACGGCGGCCACGGCCCCGGCGGCGGGGAGAAGGGCGUCCUGCUCCGGCGGAGGCCAGCAGCAGCAGCAGCUCCAGGAGGAGGGCGCUGCUCCGGACGGAGCCGACGACAUUCGCAAAUGCGGCUACCUGAGGAAGCAGAAGCACGGCCACAAGCGCUUCUUUGUGCUGAGGGCCGCCAGCCGCCUGGGCCCCAGUCGCCUCGAGUACUACGACAGCGAGAAGAAAUUUCGGAACAGCCUCCGCUGCGCCUCAGAGGGCGAGCGCGAGCAGGACGAGUGGUACCAGGCCCUGAGCGACCUCAUGAGCGAGGGCAGGAGGGCUCAGCUGGACGCCGACGAGCUGGAGGACGCGUAUGGGGCCGUGUCCCCCGGAACCGUCUUCAAGGAGGUGUGGCAGGUGCACGUGAAGCCCAAAGGCCUGGGCCAGACCAAAAACCUGACCGGCGUGUACCGCCUGUGCCUCACCGCCAAGACCCUGCACCUGGUGAAGCUGAACUCGGAGACGCCCUGCGUGAACCUGCAGCUGAUGAACAUCCGCCGCUGCGGUCACUCGGAGAGCUUCUUCUUCAUCGAGGUGGGCCGCUCCUCCUCCACCGGGCCUGGAGAGAUCUGGAUGCAGGUGGACGACUCGGUGGUGGCCCAGAGCAUGCACGAGACCAUUCUGGAGACGAUGAAGGCGCUGAAGGCCUUUGCCGAGUUCAGGCCGCGGAGCAAAAGCCAGUCGUCGGGCUGUAACCCCGUGGCGUUCAUCACCACCCGCAGGCACUUGGGCAACCUCCCUCCCAGCCAGACGGGGCUGCAGCGCCGCUCUCGCACCGAGAGCGCGACGGGCACCCCGCCCAGCUGCAAGGGCAGCGGCGCCGGCGCCUACCGCUUCCGUACCUCCAGCGAAGGUGAGGGCACCAUGAACCGGCCCUUCCGCUCAGCAGCCAGUGGCCUGGUCCACCUCGGCACGGGCCGCGCCAGCCUGAGCCGGCAGGACACCGGUGGACGUUACUCUCGGGCCCCGUCCGGUUCCUCUUAUCACGUGCGUUCCGCUUCGCUCCCCGUCUCCCGCUUCUCAUACGCCACUAGCCCGGUCAGCGUGUCCAGCAGCAGCGGCCAUGGCUCCGCCUCAGACACACUCACGCGGCCCUCCAGCGCUUCCCUUUGUGGCUCCCCGAGCGACGGUGGCUUUAACUCCUCGGAUGAGUAUGGCUCCAGCCCCGGGGACCUCCGUUACAUCCGAGUGCGGAGUAGCACCCCAGACUCCAUCGGUAACACACCACCUAUUUGUGAAGAAACCUGUCUGAGGGACUACAUGUGCAUGAGUCGGCAUCGGGACAUAUGGGGCAGCUCUGAGCCCCAGCAGGAUGAGAGCUGCGACGAGGAAAAGGCCUUUUGGAAACGGAUGCACUUGUCCUCCAGGCCAGUAGGUGGCAGCACUGGUGUUACUGUGUACCAGAAGAUGACCCAAACCACCUCUUCGCUGGAUGAGUCAGUGACAGGCUUUGGCUCUUGCUCUGACCAGUACUGUGAAGUCAAGCCCUCUCUCUGCACUGACCAGCAAGACAUCCCCUCCAGGGGAGAAGGCUACAUGGCUAUGAUGCCUGGUGUUGUACACUCAAGGGAUGAUGACUACAUGCUCAUGCAACCCAGUGUACGACACCCCGCUAGCUCCCCACAACAGAUGGACCCGUGGGGCUACAUGAUGAUGCUUCCCAAUGACAUGGACCACCUGCAGAGUGGUGAGUACACGGACGUCUCCCAGAGCUGUUUGCCUGCAUGUGGCCAGCGCUUCAGCAGAGGCUGUCACACGCAGACCCCACCUGAGAGCCCCAGGCCCUAUAGCCCGUACUUCUCUCUCCCGCGAUCCUACAAGGCUCCUGUCCGGGAGAGCCGUGAGCGUGAGGACUACGUUCCCAUGAGCUCUCCUUCCAAAGCGGCGCACCCCUCUGCUGUACUGCAGGCCUCCCACGAAUGUACUGAGCGGUCCUGUUCAGACCAGCGGGUGCUGAGGCCCAGCCGCCUCCCACUGGGUACGUAUGACUUCCACGAACCUUCCAGAGGAAGGAGGGCAGGGCAGGUCCCGUCGAGCCCAGGGGAGUACAUUAACAUCGAGUUGAGAGACCGCCCCGCUGAGAGCUCCCUCUUCUUGCCGGGUUCCUCUGGGGACGACUACAUGACUCUGGAGACAGACAGCCAGCGACCCAAGGUGCGGUCUCCGCGGCCUUCGUUGGUAGCCCCCUGGAAUCCCCCGAGCUACAUACGACCCCAGACCGGGGCCAGUGGCAUUCCAGCUGAUAGCUAUGUGAACGCUGGCGUGAGCUUUGGCGCAGGCGCACGGAGUCCGUCGGGAGUUCUUCGUCAGCUGUGUGCGAUGGAGCGCGAGGAACCCCAGAGCAGACGCAGACGCAAUUCCGACACUUUCUCAUCAACCUCACCCGAGAGCCACACCCUGACUCCCACCAGUCCCUACUCAUCAGAUGGUGCCAAGUUACUGGGCUCCGCCCCCUUUGAUGGCACAUGGUUGCAUACCGAGGGUAUGGCCUCCCCUGGCUCUGCCGCCUUACCCGUUCCCGCUGACGUAACCCGUGGCCUUCCCGGACACACGUGCCGAAAUGCUGCUACCGCUACUACCCAACACAAUGGCAUCAACUACAUCGCGUUGGACCUCAGAGAUGGCCCGUGGGCCAGCCAUGCUGUCGACCCACCAGUCCCUGCGACGACUCCCACUCCUCUUCCUCUCCCAGAGAAUGGGGCCUACGCCAGUCUAGACUUCUCCACCGCCGACAGGCUGACUUCUGCCUCACAAGACUGAAGAUGGGCACUGAAGUAUCCUGAGCUCCCCACCAUUCAUCUGGUGUGGGAGGGUUGCCCGCCUUGCCUUCCCAGUUGCCCAACCCUUGUCAGAAGCCCUCUGCUGCUGAGAGGUAUGAGAAGAAGCCCCUGGGACAAACACGACUGGUUUGAUUUGGAGCUACUUUCAGCGCAGCACUUCAGCACUGGUACACUUGAACCAGUGAUAUAUUUUUUAUUUCUUUGGUAAAGGUGAGUCCCGAUGAGGGCUCUGCUGUGUGGCCUAGAUGAGGCUGCGGUUGUGGAAUUUUUAAAAUUUUUUUAAUUUGUUCAUUUUUGUUUGCUCAAACAAAGCCAACAAGACUGAACUGCAAGGCCAUUUUGGACUGUGUACUGACAUGAGUAUGUUUUAUUUCAUAUUUAUUGCUACAUUUGUUACAGGUAUGUUUUAAUCAUGUUUUUAUUGCUCUGAGGUACAAUGAAGCUGCUGUAUUCAUGGUAUGGUAUGGCAUGAUACCUCGUGCAGUUCUGGUACGCACAGCCCCCAUACUGUACUGGCCUCCGGUGGAGUUCUUAUGACCCACCUCACACCUGGGCCCAGCUGCAUAUCCCUGAUUUUCCUCCAGGGGUCAGUGUUGCAGGCCCUCCCACAAUUAAGUGAUCAUAUGCCUUUCCCCCACUUCUUACAUUUUAAAAAAAAUCCUUAAAAAACACUUAAAUUAGCACAAUAGACUGUUAGUAGAACCAACAACUGGCAGAAAACAGAUACAGAAAAUCCAUGCUCUUGUGAUAAUGGCCUGAAAUGGACUAGAAACCAUAUCCAAAGAGAGAUACUUUAGUUAUUUUUAGUUAAUAAUUUGAAAGAAGCAUAAAAUUCUUUGUGUGGCUUUUCACACAAAUGUCAUCCUGAGAAUUUGAACUGAAAUAUUGGCUGUGUGUCAAGGUACUUUGGCUAAGCGGGAGAGAUCUUUCUGUCUGGCCUACAGGCCUGUACGAUCCGAGAGGACAUCAACAUCGUCUUAUUUCAGUGCGCAUUUGAUAAAAUUUUUCCUGUCCAGUUUUUCUGCCAUUCUAUUAUGCAUAUGCCAGUAUUAAUAAUGUGUUUUAGCGGCAUUGCGCAAAAAGUAUUAAACGUAGUCGUGGUAUAAAAAAAAUCCACAUUGUUGGAUGUUAUUUUAAUUUCGUGCCAAGUCCCACCAAAUUUCUCGUACCAAAAGAUCUGUUCUGGUAAGAAGUAUUAUUAUCAAAUAUUGUUAUAUCUGGAAACACACAUGCAAGAGUGUGUGAGUAAGGUAAUGCCAGGGACAAACACUUGUUCCCUGUGUGUAUUCAGUCUUGUAUGAUUUCUGUUAUUGGUCAGACUGACCCUUGGAAGGUCAUUGUGCAAAGUGUCUGAGUGGUUUUACAGUUUGUGAAUUUAAUAAGAGUUAAAGUAUUUUCUUCCUGUCCAAAUCUGUUUGACCACAAAAUAUAUUGUGUCCCCUUUAUCUACCGUUUGCAGAUAUUCUACCUUCUUACUCGCACUUAACAGAAUAUGCUGUAGAUUUCAUUGCUGGUGAUGAGACACUUUUAUCUAAAUAGCACUUUCUUUCUACAGUGGAGGACACUGUCUUUAGUGGUUUACUUAUAUUGUCAUUUGAAGUUUUAAGUUCUUUAUUUCUUGUAAAUGGUACAUACAUAUUGGUAUAUAAUGCUUUGAAAAUUACCGUUUUUAUUGUGUAUUUCCUAUUGAAAGUAUUACCCUGAAAUUCCCGAGAAAAAUUGUCAUUCCUUCGGAGAAAAUAUAUGUGGGAGAGGUCAGUAGAAGAAUCUGUGUCAAGCACCUGGCAAUGUGUCUUUGCGUUGUUAUCCUGUUUCACCUACAAUGGGUGUUUAACAGAGGUCCUCGCUGCCAGCUUUCUGCCACACAGGGUUGGUUUACCAUGGGCAGUUGGGAUUUAUAUUUUUUAUAAUGGAAACACAGGGUAGAAAUGGAGGGAGAAGACCUCUUCAUACAGAUCCACUCAGAUAAAAGUGGUCCAAGGAAAGGGAAAGAGAUCUCAGCGCUCUUUUCGAAUUAUGCUGCUGUUUAGCACUGAGUCAUUUUGGGGAGACACUGCCAGGAGAGUGAAUGGAGGCAAGAGGUGUGGCUGGGCUCUUUGUGGGGCCGUUUGGUGUAAUGGUCAAAUCCACUUUACUUACAGUCCAACACUCCUUACCUUUUUCUUUCCAUUCAGUUACAUGGAUUUGUUUCUCAUACACCCAAAUGGGAAGGCAGAGUGAAAUCUUAGACAUUGUGGUAUUUUCCCAUGGUACAUGGUGUUUGGUCCUCCUCAAUCACAGUAUUAAUAACUAAUAAUUUGUGUGGUACAGAGAGUGAAUGCUGUACACCUUUACGGUGCUGGCCUACUUCUCCAACUCCCCGAAUGGAGUUCUGUUAUCUGCUCUCCUUAGUUCACUCAGAGCUCAUGUAGGCAGAAGCCUUUCGGUGAAAUCGAAACAAGCAAUUGACCAGUCGGCUGAAACCUCACGC